UCAGUAUCAGUGCGCGGGCAUGUGGGCGUCGACGUCAGAGCACCGCCGGCUUCGCCAAGACUCGCGCGCCACAGCCGCUCGACCCCAGUUGCCCUCUUCCUCGUCUUCGUCCCCGUCCUCGGCCAGAGAAACUACGACAACAUAUGACCGCACGUUCGGCUAUGAUCCUGCACUGAAGGCCAUGUUGCGCAACAAGGCCUUCACCGUCCUUCAGAAGACGUACGACGACAGCUAUCUCAGCUGUUCGACUGCCGUCUACUAUGAAAGCCAGGGCGAUGAGAUGGAGGCAAUGCGUCACUGGAGGACUGCGCUCGAGCAGAUCUACGAGCACCGUGCCAAGGCAACGCCAGGGUAUGGCCCACAGACGGACACGGAGAAGGCCCUGGUCGACGCCCUCCGUCAAUUGGAGCUGCAAUGCAAAGAGAGGCUUGACCUUCUCGAGGCUCUCCGAGCGUCGCGGAGCGAGGGGGCAUCUCCGUCUCCCGGUGCCAGGCUUUCCAAGACGCCUCCCGAGCCAUCUCGUCCCACCGACCGCGCCAAGGGCUCCAUCGGGCAAGGCACCAUACCUGCUGUAACCUACUCGGAGCUCUCGCGCCCCUCAGUCCCCAACAGACCCUCACUGCCUGCUCGAACGACGUCAGAGGCCGGCCUCGAUGCAAGCGUUGGUGCUCGCCUAGGCCCCUCCUCGUCAUUCAGCGAUUUGCACAGAACCAACUCGCCGAAGCUGCCUCCGCGCCCAGACAAAUCAGUCCGCUCGCCCAGUCCGGAAAAGCACACCAUGAGGACGACAUUGCGGUCAGGCAGGUUGGGUGAAAAGCCCCAAAGGACGCCUCGCAUAUCACCAAAGCCCGUCGCUGAGGGCCCAAGUAAAGCUGCUACACUGGCGUGGACUGCCCUUGGCUCGAAGGAUCGGGCCUUCAAACCGCCACCAGGUGAUGGUGUCACUACCGGUCAAUUCCCUGCUCCACGCAUAUCUUCCGACAGCCUUGCUCGACCUGGACAGUCUCAGAGUUUCCAGUGGGACAGCCACUCUCGUCGGCUGGUUACACCGCGGGACUCGGACCAAUUAUCCAACGGAUCCCAAUCCAUGAGUACGCAUAGAUAUUCUGACGAAUGUUCUCACGCUCGUCCAUCAUUGCUUUCUGUUAGCGCAGCAUCUAGUGCUUUGGGCUCAUCGGUUCAGGAACCCCAUCCUAUGGAUCAACAAUCAUCGGGCCGUCCAGGCCCUUCCAAGCACCCCGUAACGACGAUUUCGCCCAGGACAUCGCAAAGGCGCCACAAGUCUAGUAGCUCCGGGGGGCCGGAAGACUCGGGGGAGUCAGACAAGAAGGAUGCAUCAGACACAAGAAUGCGUGGCAAAGAUAUCGCGAGGCGACCAGUCAAAACGUCACAGUCUCACAAGAUCAACGAAGGUUAUGUACGACGACGUCAGCAACCGAAGAAUCGGCAUACAUCUACUUCUAGUACGUCCGGUGACGAGCUGGAUGUCACAGCCAGAAAAGCUAGGGCAGCGGAAUGCAACGUGGUUACGGCCCAAGUGGCUCCCCGCGAUCCCUCGUCAGAUAGGGAAUUUGGAGAGGAGAGUCCCACUGACACAGCCUGGAAGAGAAAGAAAACCGCGGUUCUGAAGAAUUUGCCGCCGGGCAUCGAUGAGACGGCGGCAAAACAAAUUUUGAACGACAUCAUCGUGCACGGCGAUGAAGUUCAUUGGGGAGACAUUGCCGGUUUAGAAAUUGCGAAGAAUGCGCUGCGAGAAACCGUGGUUUACCCUUUCCUGAGGCCCGAUCUGUUCAUGGGGCUUCGUGAGCCGGCACGUGGGAUGCUACUCUUCGGGCCGCCUGGUACCGGAAAGACGAUGCUGGCGCGUGCAGUGGCCACAGAGUCUAAGUCAACAUUUUUCUCUAUAUCUGCAAGCAGCCUAACAAGCAAGUACCUGGGAGAAUCCGAGAAACUUGUCCGAGCCCUUUUUGGUCUCGCACGGGCUCUUGCCCCUAGCAUCAUCUUCGUCGACGAGAUUGACUCGCUGCUAUCACAGCGGUCGGGAUCUGGCGAACAUGAAGCCACGAGGCGCAUUAAGACGGAAUUUCUUAUCCAAUGGAGCGACCUCCAGCGAGCCGCUGCCGGACGAGAGACGACUGAGAGAGAUAAACAGCGUGGUGAUGCCAACAGAGUUCUGGUAUUAGCCGCAACAAAUCUGCCUUGGGCCAUUGAUGAAGCUGCAAGAAGGCGAUUCGUCCGGCGGCAGUACAUUCCGCUUCCGGAGCCUCAUACGCGGGAGACACAGCUUCGUACUUUACUCGGCCAACAGAAGCACAGCCUGUCAUCCGCCGACACUCAAGAGCUGGUGCAAUUGACAGAAGGUGAAGCUUUAAUGUCUCUUGCGUUUGGGGGUGAAGUAGUGACUUUGACUGACGACCAACAGGCUUCUCCGGGUCUGACAUCACGGCUCUUGCCAAGGACGCAGCCAUGGGUCCGCUCCGAUCACUCGGAGAAGCCCUUCUGCAUAUGACAAUGGACCAGAUCAGACCAAUAAUGCUGGACGACUUCAAGGCAAGCCUCGGGACGAUCCGUCCUAGCGUUGGCAAGGCCGGGCUGAAAGAGUAUGAGGAUUGGGCUAAGGAGUUUGGAGAAAGAGGGGGCUAGGCCGAAGCAAACCUCAGAGAGCGUGGACCUUGUCACUAUUGUGCCUUUGCGGUUUCACGGGUAUCGGCGAUAUAUAUAUAGCGUCUGGCAGUGGAGGGCCACUUAGCUGUGCCUCGUUACUCAGCAGGAAGAACUUCGAUGAGGCGCAUACUUCUGCUCCCAGAGUAAAUGAUUGACACGCGUCGGUAAUUUUCGAAACAAAUAUCGCUUGU